AUGGCGCGAGGAAAGACUUUCUUCUCCUUUCUUCGCCCUCGAGUGCAUCAAAGAAGAGCAGCAGAAGAUGAGCUUCCUCAGAACUGCGUCAGCGUAGCAGCACCCGAUUUAUACUGUGCUUCUUCUCUCCCUCAAGCGGGUACAUGCAAACAGCCGGUGCAUCAUCCGCCUGCUCAAGACCUUGCAGCCACAGCUACUUCUCAAGGAGCAGCAGAAACAGCACCAGCAGCAGCACCAGCAGCACCAGCAGGAGCGCAUACAAGAGAUCCUGCAGCAGCACCAUCACCAACAUCACCUGCAGCAGCAACAGCAGCAGCAGCACCACCACCCCCUGCAGCAGCAGCAGCAGCAGGGGGAGCAGCAGCAGAUCCACACACCGGGUCUAUUACAGAAGCCACGGGAUCAGAAGCUGCUCCAGGAGCAACAGCAGCAGCAGCAGCAUCAUCAGCAGCAGGAGGAGGAGAAGCAGCAGAAGAUGAAGCAAAGGAUAAGAAAAACCCUACUCGCUUCAGCCGCUUCUGCUCUCGCAUGCCUUGCUGCCGCUGGGGGUCCUUCGCUCUUGCUUAUGUUGCAGCAUUUGCUGCUCUAACAGGCCUCCUAAUGGGGUAUGAUAUGUGUAUUGUUGCUGUUGUUCUGGAUCCUGUAGACAGACAUUUCAAUUUAUGUGGUGAUAAACUUUCUUGUGGAGCGAAAACCCUCUUCGUUUCUAUUCUCGCACCUGGAGCUGUCGUAGGAAGCGCCGUUGGUGGUUUUGUUGCAGACAGAUUGGGGCGAAGACCCGGGUUAUUGCUGAGCGAUUUAUUUCUUCUUCUUGCUUCUGUUUGCUUUGCACUUGGAUACAAUUUCGCUCUUGUCUUAGCCGGCCGCUUCUUCGUCGGCUUAGGAGUAGGGAUGGGGUUUGUAGUUUACGCAACAUAUAUGUGCGAGAUUGCUCCUAAUGCUCUUCGAGGCAUUCUUGUUGCAUGCCAAGAGGUUGCGCAGUGCUCAGGCUGUAUGUUUGCGUAUGUGUUGGCUGCAAUAUUUGGGGGGACCCCUUGGAAAGUAAUGAUGGGCGCUGCGGGGAUUGUAGCUGCGCUGCAGAUAGUGGGGGAGGUUUGGGUAUUGCCUGAAAGCCCUCGUUUUCUUGUGAGUCGUGGAGAUUAUGUAGAAGCAAGAAAAAGUUUAGAGAGAUUAGCAGAGAAGACAGAUAAACCUGUUGAUGUAGAUGCACUUGUACAAAUAUUACAGAUUGAAAAGGCUCUAGAAAGAGAAGAAGAAGCAACUAAUAGAGAAGUACUUCUACAAAGAGGCAUACAGCCGAACUCUUGGAAGUUUAUCUAUUAUAAAUAUCUUCGUCUCCUCGCUAUUCAUCAUCGGCCUAUCUUAACAGCAGUAGGCUGCGCUGUUGCUCAAAAUUUAACAGCUGCAAAUUCUGUUGUUUAUUUUGCAAUCGAUAUUUUUAAAUUAGCCGGCAUUCAAGACCCUUAUCUUGCUGGAGCAGGAGUAGGGGCAAUGAAAUUCAUGGGAGUAAUUUGCUGCAUGUGUUUGGUCGAGAAGUUGGGUAGAAGACUUUUGCUGCUCGGCGGAACAUUUGGUGCUGUUGUCUGCCACCUUGUUAUUGCGUCUGGUUUCUUGCUGCAGCAGCAAGAAGCAGGUGUAUCUGUUUUAUCUUCAGAGGGUUUAGCAGCAGCAGCAGGAGACAGCAGCAGCAAACCUACAACUUUAUUAGUCGUCGGUAUGCUCGUGUUUAUGUUCUGCUGGAAUGUCUCCUGGGCUGCACUUAUGUUUGUUGUCGCUAGCGAAGUACUGCCUAACUCUUGCCGAGGUGUAGGCAUGGGUCUGACGAUUACUGCGUUCUGGAGUGUCGCCUUUAUAAUGCAAUCUGCACUAGAACCCCUCUUCGUAGCUAUUUCUAUUGCCGGGACGUUCUUUCUCUUCUCUGCUCUAAGCGCUCUGUCUGCUUUGUUUGUUUUCGUCUUCGUUCCUGAGGGCAGAGGUUUAACAUUAGAAGAUGUAGGUAUGACUGAAGAAAGAAGAAAAAAAAUAGAGCGGCAUACUGCAGCAGCAGCAGCAGCAGCAGGAGAAGCAGCAGCUGCAGCUGGAGAUGCUGCAGCCGCUGCAGGAGAUGCAGCAGCAGCUGCAGCAACACCUACAGCAGAAAACAGCAGCAGCAACGAUCACGAUGCUGCAGUCACAGCCCCAGCAGAUACGCAGCAGCAAACGAACAAAGACGGCAGCGAGCAGCAGCAGCAGCAGCAGCAGCAGCAGCAGCAGCAGAAGCACAGCAGCAUUUCCCCCUUGGAGGUCGAAGCACCUCUAGUAGAGACCCACCACACUCAGCAGCAGAGCGCUGAGCAGCAACAGCACCAGCAGCAGCAGCAGACCACUGAGCAACAGCAGCAGCAGCAGCAGCAGCAGCAGCAAGGCUCAGCUUCUUCUAACGAAAGGCCCCGCGAUGUGGGCAUCGCUAUUGACGGGAUGCCUUGGAAUGCACAGGAAACCUGA